GCCGCCGGCGGCCGGGUGGUGGAGAGCCAGUGGGAGAUCAACAACGCCGCCUGCCAGCCGGAGGAGGAGGAGGAAGAGGAGGCGGUAGGGGCGCGGGAAUGGCCGACGGAGGAGCCCGACCUGGUGAUUGAGGUGUCGGGGCAUCGCAUCCGGGUGCACAAGUCGGUGCUGGCAGCCAAGAGUGACUACUUCCGUGCCCGUGCCUCACGGGACGUCCUGCGGGUGAAGGGGGUGAGCUACGGGGCGCUGCGGCUUCUCAUCGACUACGUGUACACGGCCCGCAUGGGCGAGGUGCGGCACGACAACCUGGCUGAGGUGGUGAGCGGCGCCCGCGUCCUCCAGAUGCCUUGCGCCCUGCACUGUGCCGCCGAGGCCAUGCGCGCCCAGCUCCGCCUUGACAACUGCUACCAGCUCCUCUGCCUGGCCAAGAAGCGGCGGCUAGCGGAGCUGCGGGAGGCUGCCUACCGUUUCAUGAGCGACCACUACCUGGAGGUGUUGCGGGAGCCUGGCGUCUAUGGCCGCCUCAGUGGCACUGAGCGGGACCUCAUCCUGCAGCGGCGCAUGGAGGCCGGCCGGCUCUGCUUGCUGGUGGCCGAGGUCAGCGAUGCCUUCGAGAGGCCGGGUGGUGGCAGCCGGCCACACAGCCGUGAGAGCAGCCGCCCACAGAGCCCCUCCUCCGUGGUGUCACUGGAGGAGAGUGGCUCCCUCAUCCACUGCUACCAUGAGGCCAGUGGUGAGUGGAGGGUGCUGACGCGCCUGCCCGAGGAGGCCAACGCCAAGGGCUGCGCCAUGUGUGUCCUCCACAACUACCUCUUCCUGGCAGGGGGCAUCGCGGCGGGGCCAGCGGGCAGUGAGCCCCGGGCCCGCCUCUCCGACAAGGUCUUCUGCUACAACCCCCUCACCGACACCUGGAGCCAGGUGCGGCCGCUGGCUCAGCCCCGCUCGCAGCUCAAGCUGCUGGCCCUGGACGGUUACCUCUAUGCCGUGGGGGGCGAGUGCCUCUUCACCGUGGAGAGGUACGACCCACGGGCUGACCGCUGGAGCCCUGUGGCACCCCUGCCGAAGGGUGCCUUCGCUGUGGCUCAUGAGGCCACCACCUGCAACGGGGAGAUCUAUGUGUCGGGGGGCUCCCUCUUCUACCGCCUGCUCAAGUAUGACCCCAAGCGUGACGAGUGGCAGGAGUGCCCUUACAACAGCAGCCGCCGGCGCUCUGCUGACAUGGUGGCCUUCAAGAGCUUCAUCUACCGCUUUGAUGUGAGCAGUGGCCGUGGUGGGGAGCAGGGCCCAGGUGGCGGGACUGGCGGUGGUGUCGAAGUUUUCCGGUACAACACGGUGGCCAAGCGCUGGAGCCAGUGCGCCAGCCUGCGGCCCAGCGGCGGCCCCAUCCAGCCCUUCCGCUGCGCCCCCUUGGGCAACACCAUCUACUGCGUCAACCGGACUGGCACCCUCCGCUUCAGCCUAGCCCAGGACGGCGAGGUGGAAGCAGAUGGCGGGCUCAAGGGCACCUUCGACAGGGAGCUUCUUAAAGCUCCCUUGGAUGCCAAGGGUGUCCUCCUACCCUUCGUGCUCACCCUGCCCGAGAGGCUGGACAAAGCGGGGGAUCAGGAGGGCUCCCUCCCGCUGUGA